AUGGCAGAUGGUACUCGAUUUGCUGAGCUGAGGAAGGAUAUGGAUAUGAUGAGAGAACAAAUGCAAGCCAUAUCUGAAGCUAAUGCCAAUAGUGUGGAAGAAAACCGUGCUAUGAUGACGUUGAUGAUGGCCAAACUACAACAGCAAGCAGCUCCACAUGACAAUGGUGGCAGACCUCCAGAUCUGGGGAAUCAGGAAGGUCCUCAAUGGGGUACAGAGUAUCAACUACCUACUAAGUGUUCUUCGGUGGAAUUCCCGAAGUUUGAUGGCACAAACCUUCGCAGAUGGGUGUAUAAGUGUGACCAAUUCUUCGACGUAGAUGGCACACCAUCGAGCUCAAAAGUGAAGCUGGCAGCGGUACACUUGGAAGAGAGAGUUCUUCAGUGGCACCAAACCUUCAUGAAUGCUCAUCUCACUCGAGAGAUUCCAAGCUGGGAAGAGUAUAUCAGAGCCUUGAAUAGCAGAUUUGGUACCCUGUUUUUCAAAGAUCCUAUGUCUGAGUUAAUGAACCUCAAACAAACUGGAUCUUUACAAGGCUACCUUGAUAGGUUUGAUGAAUUAAUGAAUUGUGUGGAUCUCUCGGAACCUUAUGCAGUGAGCUGCUUCUUAGGGGGAUUGAAACCAGAGAUUUCACUACAUAUCAAAAUGUUUAAACCCAAAAACAUGAUGGAAGUGGUGAGCCUAGCUAAGCUACAAGAACAAACCAUUACCUUAUCCCCUAGAAAACACCCUAGCCAACACCAUAACCCUACCCAUAACCCUAUCCAGAACCCUAUCAGAGCUUCAUACACUACCAACAGACCUAACACCCUAACCAUCAGUAGAAACCCCAACCAAAACUCCAACACCUAUACAGCCAAUAACUAUCCUAGCCCACAAUCUAACAGAAAUAGCUCAACCUUUCACAGAAACCAGACCCAAUCCUUCAACCAAAACAAGAGACUGAGCAACCAAGAAGUUGAUGAUAGAAUAUCCAAGGGCUUAUGCUUCUGGUGUGAUGAGAAGUACUCUAGGGACCACAACUGUACUAAAAAGAGGCAGAUGUAUGUGAUGGAAAUACCUGAGGAUGAAACAAUGAUGGAAAGUGAAGUGGAGUACAGUCCUAGUGUGGUAACUGAAGAAAGAAUUGAAGAAGGAGAGGAACAGCUGUCUCAAGUUUCCAUGCAUGCUAUGACUGGCACUCAUGACUUUAGAAACAUGAGACUCACAGGAUCAGCAAAGGGAAAAACCAUACACAUCUUGAUUGACAAUGGGAGCACCCACAACUUUGUGGAUGAACAGACUGCAAAAUCAUUAGGAUGUGAACUGGUGGAAAUGAAACCAUCAUCUGUGAAUGUACCUGGAGGGAACAUGCUUAUUACAAGGUUCAAAUGUCCAAACUUCACCUGGAAAAUGCGUGGGGUAGAAUUCUCUGCUGAAGCCAUGACACUGCCAUUAGGGAGCUGUGACUUAGUACUUGGCAUUCAAUGGUUAGUGGCCUUGGGAGAUAUAUGCAGUAACUAUUUGCAAUUGAAGAUGGAAUUUAAUCACAUGGGUAGGAAUGUGGUGUUGAGGGGUCUCCAACCUAACUCAGUUAAGUUGGUCUCCAACAAAAAAUUGAACAAGAUCCUGCAGAAACCCUCCCAAAUUGCUUACCAAUGCAUUGGGAGCUUACAAGAUGGAGCUGCUAUGAGUGUGGACACAGCUCAUCUUACUACUGAUCAAGUGGAAAGAGCACCAGAAUGCAUUGCUAGUUUGAAUGCUAUGGAAUGUGUAGAAAGGGAAGGACUGCAAGUGUUGCCAAGUGAUUAUGCAGACUUAUUUGUGGAACCUAAGGGUCUACCACCUCACAGAGACCAUGAUCACAAGAUACACCUCAAAGAAGGAUCAGAAGUUGUCAAUGUUAGACCAUACAGGUAUCCAGCUGUGCAAAAGAAUGAAAUUGAGGCUAUAGUGCAAGAGUUGCUUAAUGCAUGA